UUGACGCCAUAAUAUUGGGUGAUUCAUUUUCAGAUUGCGACGCACGAAACUCUUCAGUGUGUGCGCAAACUGGUGGAAAAUGUAUGAAGAAAUGUGGGUUGACAAUGCGGAGAGCUAGUACUUCUUGCCACAGUCCCUUGUGCAGUUGCUGCGUGUCCUGCAACAAAGGUCAAUGCGAUGGCACAUGCCUGGGCAGGGAAUCCGAUUGCAAGAGUGGUUAUUACAUGGAACCAAACAAAUGCAUAGAGGACGAUUGUGUGUGCUGCAUCCCGUGCUCGGUUACAGCAAAAUGCCUAGCGAAUAAGGGAUAUCCGGAGAGAAAUACGACAGCCUGUAAAGGCGGAUAUAAAGCCAAUGCUGCAGAGGCGGGGCCCGGAUGCGUCUGCUGCCAGCCUACGGAUGAUACGAAAAAGUGCAAAGUGAAGGGCAUUGUUGGCACCAGCAAUCAAACCAUGACCUCAUUCUGUAGUGACACUGACUGCCCUCCAAACUACCAUCAGUUUACACACGGCUGCGAACCAUCGAAUGAAGGGUGCAGAUACUGCGUCCCUGGCUUCGGCAAGUGCAAACGGAACGAAAAUUGUGAAAAGGAUGGAGGAUAUUGUUCACAAGGACCUUGUUCUGCCGGGUUCUAUGUUGACGGGGACGCAUCCGCCUGCUCCAGCGCGGAUGACACCCCAUGCCAUUGCUGCAAACCAGACUGCGCUCGUUACAGCUAAGUCCUGUGGAGUAUGCUUUGCUUCAGACGGAGAAAGAGCAAUCAAAAAUGGUGUCAAGAAAAUGAGGAAAAAGGAAA